AUGAUUUUCUCCAUUCAUAUUAAGCUGUUUGUUAUCCUUCUCAUAAGCCUUCGAUUGGCUGGUCAAACUACCUACUCGUGUAAUGCCAGUGCUGCAUGUGGUUGUUCGGCCAACUCAGUUACAUUGAGCAGAAUCGUUGGUGGAGAAACAGCGAGUUCAAAUACAUGGGGAUGGGCAGUAUUCCUUCUAAUUAAUGGAAGUUUUCAAUGUGGUGGAUCGAUUCUUUCUAGCACAUGGAUACUCACUGCUGCUCAUUGCAUACCUUCAGGCACAACGUCAGUUACAGUGUACGCCGGAAGUAUUUAUCGAUUUUCGGGUAAUCGAAUUGUGUCAGCAUCUACAGUAUACAUACAUCCUGGUUACAACGAAAGUGGUUUUAUACAUGAUAUUGCUCUUCUUAAACUGGGGACUCCAUUAAAUCUGACAAUCGCAGGCCUAGAUAGUGUCUGUUUACCAUUCGUCAGUGCAGCGACACUAGCUGCCGAAGAUUGGCCUUCUCCUAACACUACGGUAAGUUUGAAGCCUUGCAUAAAUAAUGGUUCUAUGUCCAUGCGGAUGUGAGUGUUGGUCUCUGUGUAACUGACGAUUUGCUUCUCAUCCAUGCUAGUACUUGCAUCCACAACCCCACGCCAGGAGAACACUCACUUCCUACGCGUCUAAUGUCGUGCAGCUAAAGAUACAUGAGAUUAAGUUUGUUUUACUCGUAGUCUCGAUCCAGGUAAAAUUCUUUUUGAUCUUCAUUCGUCUCCCUAUCGUUUUAGUUUUUGAAUUGUAGUCACAUUCUAGGGAAAACUAUUCCAGAAUGUAUAAUUGAAUUAAGAUUAUGAAGUAUUUUACUUUAAACUUAGGUUACGGUCUUCGUUGAUUCCCUCACACUGAACCUAGUUGUUAUUUAUCUUGUUCUGUCAUAUUCUGAUUGUCAUUUUAUAUCUUUUUUAAGAUCAUUGCUAUUGGAUGGGGGAGAUUAGUGGAACAUAUGUUUUUAACAUCAAGUACUCUUCAGCAAGUAGCGUUGAAAACUGUUUCUCAUUCGGAUCCGACUUGUACUCCAGUAAUUAUUGACUGGAAUUUCCAAUUCUGUGCUGGAAUAGUCUGUGGAGGAAAAGGUUCAUUUUAUUCUCUUAUUUCUUUAGUCUCGACUAUAUAAAGUUCUACCUUUUCUUCACAGGUACUUGUCAAGGAGAUAGUGGCGGACCAAUGAUGAUUUUUAAUCAGACAUGGUA